AUGGGCAACAAAUUCAACAAAGCCACCUCACGUAAAGAAAAGAAGACUUUGAACUCUUCGAUAUCCAAUACUACAACUACUAAUACCAAUAAUAAUAAUAAUAAUACCACUAACUACUAUGACAUUGUUAUUGAACAUAAAGUGCAUCAUAAACAUCAUAACAGUAAACACCAUUAUCAUCAUUAUGAUAUGAGUACAGAACAUGAACAUACAAUUGAAGAAGAAGGCUUGACAGAAAUAACAGAGUUUGAUAUUACACCUCAAACACCACCAACUCCAACAUUAUUAUAUCCACAUCCAUAUGAAUCAUCACAUAGUAAUACAUUAACAUUAUCUCAUAGUAAUAAUACGUUAUCAGAUUAUGAAGAUUCUAUACAAGAUUCAAAUUUAUUUCAUUCUUCAAUUGUUUACUUGAAAAAUUCAUAUUCCAAUCAACAAUAUCUGUAG